ACUGACUCACGAAAGAAGAAGCGCUUAGUUUUUCCACGACGAAUUUAACAAUUUUCGACCGAUUUGAACCGCAAAUCGGGCCGCCGCUAACCGGAAUUAAUACCGUGAGUUUGUCGUAGCACAGAGUCCGCGUCGUGGAACCACACAACAGCCCGGAGCCAGGAUUACCCGGAUCCCAAAAGACGGCCCAGCCCCAGUAUCAACAGAGAGGAGAGGUGGAGAGCGGAGAGUGCGCAACCGAGGAGAGCGGAACGCGGUGAGCGGAGCGAGAAGAGAGGUCAGCAAACCCGUAAUUAAGAAAAAGUAGACACGUACCAAGAUAAGAUGUCAUCCGGCGACUUUGGGAAUCCGCUGAGGAAGUUCAAGCUGGUGUUCCUGGGCGAACAGAGCGUGGGCAAGACCUCGCUGAUUACCCGCUUCAUGUACGACAGCUUCGACAACACGUACCAGGCGACGAUCGGCAUAGAUUUCCUGUCCAAGACCAUGUACCUGGAGGACCGGACGGUGCGGCUGCAGCUGUGGGACACGGCGGGCCAAGAGCGCUUCCGCUCGCUCAUACCCUCCUACAUACGCGACUCCACGGUCGCUGUCGUUGUGUACGACAUCACCAACACGAACUCGUUCCACCAGACCUCCAAGUGGAUCGAUGACGUGCGCACGGAGCGGGGCAGCGACGUCAUCAUCAUGCUGGUGGGCAACAAGACGGAUCUCUCGGACAAGCGUCAGGUCUCCACCGAGGAGGGUGAGCGGAAGGCGAAGGAGUUGAACGUAAUGUUCAUCGAGACGAGCGCCAAGGCCGGUUACAAUGUAAAGCAGCUGUUCAGGCGCGUGGCGGCGGCACUGCCCGGCAUGGAUUCCACGGAGAACAAGCCCUCCGAGGACAUGCAGGAGGUUGUGCUAAAGGAUUCGCCCAACGAGACGAAGGAUCCCGAGGGCGGCUGCGCCUGCUAGAACUAGCUAAACCGACCUAAUCCAAACCCGAGCCCAAACCCAAUUCAAUCCAAACCUGAAUCCCCUCGAGAAAAAGCAGAAGAUGAUCAGCAGGCCCAGCAUUUCACAGCAUUUUCACACACACGCGCUGGCAACGGGUGGUGUAUACUGUACACACAGGUGUAGGUGUAUGUGGCUGGACGCUGGACCAGCUGGAUUCCGGGACUCCGAGCCCGAGCGCGCCCCCAACAUCUACGAUAUAUAUACACACACAUACACAACUUUACGUUUAAGUUAAUUUAUAAAGUAAAAAAUGAUAGCAAAGGCAAAAAAAUAGACUAAAACCCAAACAAUUAACGAAAUCGGCUAACUAAUUAAGCAUGUUAAUUGAGCCGGCUAUGGCAGGCGAGAGCUAAUCCCGAGCGUAGGCGAUAUGCUAACUCAUUGACACGAGAUCAGGGAUCAAGAUCAGAGUAUAAUAUUUGCGAGUUAGCUUAACCCCAGGCAAGAAUAUAGUGUUGUGCAUUUCCGAUACCCAAAAAAAACCAAAACCAACAGCAGUUUCAAGUACUUAUGUCAGGCCAAGCGGUGCCCGAACGGAUCCUUAUGGAUCCUCUGACAUUCCAACAUUCGGCAUCUCCUGCAGCGGCUGCUAUGAUGAUGAUUAACCCAAGCCAACUACAACAUCCGUAGUACCACGCAGCCAGCCUUUGUGUUCUCCGGGCACACGUAGUUUCCAAUUUUAGACCCCGUCUGUGCUCCGUUCUGUUUUGCGGCUUUUGUUUCGUCCACAUUUCGUUUUUAUAGCACAGCAAGCGACUGCAAAACUGGAAGAACUUUGGAUGGCAUAGGACUUGGCCACGUGCAUCUUAUGAAUAAAUAUACACAGAUAUAUAAUAUGUAUUUUUAUGACAACUGAAAACAAAAAACUAAAACAGACAGACAGACAUGCAGGCAGGCAGCACGAGCAGAAUAAAAAAACACUUAACAAUAUUAUUAACGAUUUUUGCUUCGAUUAGCGAGAGAACUUUGUGCAUUUUUUACGCGAAAAGCAUAAGCUUACAAAAUUGAUAAUUGAAAUAAAAACAUACAAACUAUGGAUGCAAUUUUUAAUAAAUCAAAUUAUGAAGAAAAUGAAAGUAUACACAAUAUUA